UAUGUAACGAUUGAUGCUGUCUAGACCCACAUACUGGCCUCCACUGAUGCAACAUUGAAAGAUGGGGCGGAUACAAAUGUGUUUAGUAUAUAUUUUCCCCUUUGUGGUUGUGGGAGGCAUUCUAUACCUCACGAUGUCAGGAGAAGAAGAUAUACGGGCGGGACUAUUCGGAUCUACUCCCCGGAUCAUAGAGGAAAAGGCAGACAUUAAUGCAGUUAAUGAUUGGCAUACCAGUAAGCAGAACCAGACCAUACAUGAUACUUAUCAGAAGUACAGGCAACAGGAAACAUUUAAUCACGCAAGGAUGACAGGGAAAUCGCGACCCACAAAUAACUCAUUCGAUUCUGCAAAGCUUCCGAAAAUUAUUGGUGGAAGUAAUACUGAAAACCCAAUUAUUACCCCCCAUAACUUCAAUAUGAUUUUAAAUGAACCAAACAAGUGCAAGAAUGAAGAAGGUAAUGACAGUCCGGUGUUUUUUCUAGUUCUUAUUUUCAGUUUACAACGAAAUUCCCUCCGAAGGAACGCUAUACGAAGAACAUGGGGAAGUCCAAAAGACAUCAAAGGCAAACACAUAGUAACUUUGUUCCUCUUAGCAAACGAUACGACUUUCAAAAACGGAUCCUCGGUAGAACAAGAAAGCAUGCAAUAUAAGGACAUACUGAUGGAAGAUUUUACAGACACAUACAAAAAUCUUACAUACAAAACUGUUAUGGGUGUAAAGUGGGCCAGUACAUUUUGCCCCAAUGCGAAUUUCAUCAUGAAGACAGAUGAUGAUAUGUAUGUCAAUUACGUUAACAUCAUCUCACACCUUACCAAUUUGGUUAUUCCAACUUUGAAUUAUGUUACCGGAUUUGUUAUUCACGGCGGUCCUAUUCGUAGUCCCAAAAGCAAGUGGUACAUGCCUAGAUCAAUUUACCCUGACGAUCGUUAUCCACCAUUUUGUUCUGGAUCGGGGUACGUGUUUUCGGGAGAUGUUGCAAAAAAAGUAUACGAAAUAUCACUUUACACGCCAUAUCUAUACCUUGAAGAUGUAUUCUUUAGUAUUUGUUUAAAUAAACUAAACAUAAUACCCAUCAAACAUAAUCUUUUUCAUAAUUUAUUCAUACCAUAUUCCUAUUGCCAGUUCCGACAUUAUUUCACAUGCCCAUGUGACAAAGAUCCCCCUAAAGAGGUAGAGAGAAUAUGGGUCGAAUUGAAAGCUCAAAAGGAUUGUGACUGACAGAACAAUUUGAAGACAUGUAAAUAUAGGAUGUAGGUAAUAAUACAUCGCGAAAAUAUGUCAAGUUGUAUGAAACGAAUAUGAAAUCAGUCCAAUUUUUUAUGAAGAAAUAACAAAUGCUUAAAAUCGGCCAGUAAUGUGUUAUGGCUCGAAUGUACAGCCCAUCUCCCCUCCUUCACUUCCACCUUUCAACCCAGCUUAUACAAAAGCCUACAUGAAUAACUUUUUGUAGCAGUAAGGCAUUCAAGAACUCAUGAGGAUUUAGUGACCACUCCCUAGUAUAUUUGAUCCUCGGUUACAAUAGGCCAAAAAUUAAGCCGCUGGACUGCACUUUGAAUGCCGUUCGAUAUUUUUUCCAGUUCAAAUGCACCUUACCUCGAAAGUUUUGAGCAUGAGCAAAACAUUCGGGCCUAACACAAGAAUGGACCAGAAUAUUUGGAAUGCACUCAGAAUGCAGUCAGAACUUUUAGAAUGCACUUCGACUAUCCCGAACAAACAAGCAAAUCAGCCAUGUGGCUCAACUAUCUUAAAAAAAAUCCGGACUUCUACUGUGUCUUAUACGAGGACUCCGAGUCGAUCGGAACUUGCCAUAUCUGCCACAUCGAUAUUACAUCGUCAUUCCCAUAUGCGGACAUUAUUAUUAUUACUUAUUAUUUGUACUGCGCUUUUCCCAUUAGUAGGGGUGGGCAAAUAAAACCUUUUUUGGGAAAUUCAUUUUCAAACGGGUGGAUUAUAUGGCCAUUUUAGCUGCUGAACCCAAAUCUGACAACCAUUUUGACCUACGAUG